CUGCUCAGAGACAAAACAAUGGUCAGAAAUUUUUCCUAAAAUGCUUUAUCAUUUGCGCGCUAAUCGUGCGAGGAAGUCGUGGCGUGACAUUCUCGACGUAAAGACGUAACGCAGUGGAUGCUUGGCAGAAGAGUGGAUCACACGUCUCCACCGUCAGCAAACGGUGGCAUCACGCACCUAUAGACUCUGUACAUGGUCAAAUCCCAACAUUAACCCAUGAACUGCCAAUCCAGUAGCUUGGAAUUGCCCACCAUAUAAGCGGACGAAACAAGGGUGCGUUGAGGAAAUGCCAUCGGAACACAGGCGGGAAAAUCAACCGCGCACCAACUUAAGCUCCAUCGGUGAGCAGCGCAACAGGGUGCUCGAAGCGAACAUGAUUGCGUCGCUACCCAGUCUUCGUCCCUUAGCGCGAAGAUGAUUUCGUGGGCCAUGGCUCACGUCAGGAGGCUCUCUUCCGCGACCUCGAGUCGCGUGACUAUGAUUCAAUACAACACCCGGUUGAGGGAGCUGGUCAAAACGGGUUCUUUGGGUGAUGCCCGCUCGCUGUUCGACAGUAUGCCUUAUAGAGACGAGAUUUCGUGGACCACCCUGAUAUCUGGGUAUGUGGGCGCCACGGAUAUAACGGAAGCUUUUGCUUUGUUCUCCGAUAUGCGGGUCCAGCCAGCACUCCACGUGGACCAUUUCGUGCUCAGUCUUUUGCUCAAGGCUUGCGCGCUUAAUAUGAACCCGAAUCUUGGCGAGUUGGUGCACGGAUAUGCCGUCAAGACGGGAAAUGCAAACUCGAUAUAUGUGGGCAGUGCCCUUCUUGACAUGUACACAAAAGCCGACAGAAUCGAGCUGGGUUAUAGAAUAUUUGAUGAGAUGCCACUGAAGAAUGUUAUUUCUUGGACUGCCCUGAUAAAUGGGCUUGUUAGCUGUGGCCACUAUAGGGAGGCGGUGUCCUGCUUUGCAGAAAUGUGCAAGUCAGAAGUGCAAUGUAACGGGCACACAUUUGCUAUUAUUUUGAAGGCGUGCGCUGAUCUUGGUGCUUUGAGCUGUGGGAGGGAGAUACAUACGCACAUAAUUAAGAAAGGCUUUGAUGCGAGCUCAUUUGUGGCUAAUUCACUUGCCACAAUGUAUAACAAGUGUUGGAAGUUUGACACAGCCGUGCAGUUACUUGAAAGGAUGCCCACACAGGAUGUAGUGUCGUGGACGACAAUAAUCACAACAUACAUUCAGAUGGGUAUGGAAGAAUCUGCAUUUGUAACAUUUUUAAGGAUGAAAAGAUCUGAUGCCAGUCCUGAUGAAUACACAUAUGGAGCAGUUAUCUCUGCAUGUGCUAGUCUUGCAAGAACUAGAUGUGGCGAACAAUUACAUGCUCAAGUUCUGUGCAAAGGUCUUUUAAAUUCCUUGCCAGUGGCAAACUCCAUAAUCAGCAUGUAUUCACAACUCGGCCAAUUAUCUUCAGCACUAGCUAUUUUUCAUGAAAUCACCAAGAGAGACAUUGUUUCAUGGAAUACUAUAAUGACCGGGUAUUCUCAAGAAGGUUAUGGCGAGGAAGCUUUUGAGCUUCUGUCAUGCAUGAGGAUGGAAGGACUCAGGCCCACUGUGUCAACUCUUGCGGUUUUUCUUACUGUGUGUGGUAAUAUGGCUAUUCUCAAGCAAGGGAUGCAACUUCAUGCUAUUGUCCUGUCUUUGGGUUUAGAACAGGCACCUACAAUACAAAGUGCUUUAAUUAAUAUGUAUGCCAAGUGUGGGAGUAUAAAAGAAGCAUCUAAAAUCUUUGAUGCGGCAACAAAUUAUGAUAUUGUGGUGUGGACAACAAUGAUCAAUGGAUAUGCAGAACAUGGUUAUAGCCAUGAAGCAAUUGAUUUGUUUGAGAAGCUGGCUAGUGUCGGGUUGAGACCAGAUCCUGUGACAUAUAUUGGCAUUCUUACUGCAUGUAGUCAUGCUGGAAUAAUCGAUCUCGGUUUUAACUAUUUUAAAUCAAUGACCAAGGAACAACAAAUUAGUCCCUCAAGAGAACACUAUGGCUGCAUGAUUGAUCUUCUCUGCCGAGCUGGAAGGUUGGAUGAGGCAGAACACAUGAUCAAAAGCAUGCCAUAUGAAUGCAAUGAUGUUGUCUGGUCAACUUUGUUGAGAGCAUGUAAAAUCAAUGGUGAUGUGGACCGUGGAAGGCGAAUUGCCGAGCAGAUUCUCGAGUUAGACCCAAAUUGUGCGGGAACUCACAUUGCCCUGGCUAGUGUCUAUUCUGCCAAUGAGCGAUGGACUGACGCAGCUGGAAUAAGGAAAAUGAUGAAGUCAAAAGGAGUGACUAAAGAGCCUGGAUGGUCUUGGAUUAUGGUUAAGGACUGUGUGUCCACAUUUGUAGCAGGUGACCAGUCUCAUUUACAUAGUGAAGAACUAUACGAUGUUCUGAAUUUACUUUGCUCAGGAGAAACUUGUGUUCAGGAUGCGGUUUCCCUCAUGUAUGAUGUUGAGGACUGAAAAGGAGCAUUGUCUUCAUUAUUCUCGUUAAUUAGCAGAGUUGGCUGCAGAAAAGGAUUAAUGGAAAAAGUUGAGGUUGCCCAAAAAUGCUCCCAACCAACAGGUAGAAGCAGGUGAUGGUUUCGUAAGAACUAGAGGAAUAUAUAUGAUGCCGAAUGGAAGCCAUAAUUAUGCCUAUGGCUUCAAUGCUUAUUGUUUGAUGACACAGCGUUUGUGGAUGCAUACAAAAAUACAGCUGCAUUCCGAGAGCUUCAAGCCAUGGCCUUAGCAUUGCAAGAACCUGCGGUUUCAUGGAUGAUGGUUGUAGACCUCUACUGUACUCUUUUGUUCCUAAAAUGGAGAACGUCUGCUUUCAAGUGGGAGGAAAGGAGACACCACGCAAACGGGUUGCAAUUGCCAUCCCAAGAUGUAGGGCAUUGGACUCUUUGGAAUAAAUUGUGUGAUACUGUGUCGAGGAGGCCUGUAGGGAGGAAGAGACUGGAGUGGCUCUUGCUACAUAAAGUUUAGGGAAUCUUUAUGGCAAGUGAAGAUGCCAGACUCCAAAAGGUCCCAUCCUUUCCAUCAAUAACUGAGGCUUUUUUGGAAGUGCCACCACAGCCAAUAUAUUUCCCAACUUCCAAGUGCCACAUGGACAUGCUGCCGAGGCAAGAACAAGCUAAGCUUGCAGCUUGUCCUGGUAGCAGCAUUGUCACGGGAAGCUCCGGCAAGAGUGGGAAGCACACAGUUGCUGGUGUAAGGGCUGUGCAAGGGUUGCGCUGGGUAUCAAAGUCUCCUCAAUCGGAGUUCACCAAAAUCCAAUGCAACUGGUAAUUCAAAAGUUUUGGACCUACUGGGUACACUGCAUGAUGAAAGCAGGUGGAUUUGAUCGGGUUCAACUGCAGGUGCAGCAACUUCCUAUAAUUCAGCACAGGUGGCCCUAAUCCAGAGCAGUUUGCACUAAAUAGAUGAGAUUAGACGGAUGACCUCCGGUUGCUCUUCGAGAUGGUGCAUCAGCAUCACUAUUCUGAUAUGCAUGGCUGCCCCUCUGAUCACUGGACCGCUGCCCAGGAUGCUAUUGCUAAAGGAAACCUCAUCCGUCAUCAAGGCAAUAAGAAUUUGAUAAUAUCUUAGAAUGCGGGAGCUACAUUGAAGGGUCUCAGACUCUAGUCUGAUGCUAGUUUGACUUCCUGUGAGCGCAGCAUGCCAGCUAGCUCAUGUCUUGAAGCUUUAGCAUUGAGGACAUUUUCUCAUGUAAACAGCAUUUGCAACACAGCUCAUGAUAGCACAAUUUAUUUGUUGCUGGGUACGGAAUUUGUGUCUCUAACGACGUGCCACUCGGAAUCUCGGAUGGAUGUUGUCAUUUUGGUUGUAAAAUAUGUGAUUUGAAGUAUUACUAGUUAAGAUU